CACGACUCAACAGAAUAGAAAUUGAUUUCCUUCACGAUUCACGAAUCGCUAUCGGCCUUGAUAGUUGACACAAUCGGGCAAUCGGCUCUCGCUCUCGCGAAUACUGCCUGCCGUCUGCCGUCUACGUUGCGUCUUCUGCCGUCUGCGACUCGCUCUCGCUCUCUGCCUUCUUUCGACUUGUGAGGAUUUAAAGUUUUGUGAAGAAGGAAACACACAUUGCUCAUCAAGCUCAAUUUCAAUGGCGUCUUCACUCUGUAGAAGAAUUUAUUGUUCUUUUCUCUCUAUGAACCCAAACACUUAUCACCAUCAAUCGUUGCUGAUUUCUCUCCAACAUUUCUCCACUGAAACCUCAUCCGACUCUGCAUCUGGGUCUGAUUCCGAUUCCACUAUCCACCCAGAACCCGAGUCAGAUCCAUUACCCCAAUCGUCAUAUUCUAACAACCAGCAAAGAGACUUUGGGGACCGCCCCCUUGAAAACGGUUUGGAUGCAGGCAUUUACAGGGCAAUAUUGGUUGGGAAAGUGGGUCAAAAUGCUAUAGAGAAGAAGCUGAGGAGUGGGAGGACAGUGACUAUGUUGUCUAUUGGAACUGGAGGGAUUAGAAACAACAGGAGGCCUUUGCAGAAUGAGGAACCAAGGGAUUAUGCGAAUCGGAGUAUGGUUCAAUGGCAUCGUGUCUCGAUUUACCCUGAGAGAUUAGGUGCACUUGUAGCCAAGAAUGCUGUUCCCGGUUCAAUCUUAUAUUUGGAAGGGAAUCUGGAGACAAAGAUUUUCAAUGACCCUAUAACAGGUCUAACUCGACGUGUGAGAGAGAUUGCCAUACGUCGAGAUGGUCGGGUCGUGUUUCUUGGAGAAGGGAGUGAUGCCCCCAGUCAAGCAGAACUGAAAGGUGUUGGUUAUUACUGAAGGAUGGAGGCAAAGUUAGUCCUUUUACUGCUAUUACAAUCUUAGGUUGCUAUUUACAUGAUCUUCGGAAAAUAACAUUACCAUUUUGAGUUUGAGCCUCCGGGUGGUGGCGGAGGGGUAGUUGAUGAUGGUGGUUAGCUUACAUGUUUUCACGACAUUGUGAACCAACCGCCACUUUAUCCUUUAGAGUAAAGAAAAUGCGAAAAUGAUUUUACUCCCAGAUCCCAAGUCGGCAGGAUUUUAGUGGGUUUAUUUGAUAUUCGUAGGAUUUUUGUUUGAUUUGGAAGGAAGAAGCUGCUUCUUCUAUGCAUUUGUUGUUUAUUUUUCUUUCUUGCAUACAACCCACGCCUUUUAGAUUCUUAUUGAGGUUGUUAUUGUUUUAUUGAAUCACAUAUUCAAAUUAAAAUACUA